GGGGUGGGGUUUCAGCUGCAUAAAACUACAGUACCACCAUCAAGCUUUUUCAAGCAGCAUCUGGUUUUAGGGCAUUGUUUAUUCCCUCGUAUCCCCCCUUUCCUGUCAAGAAAAUCUCAAACCCUAACUAACGUAUCUCCUUCUUUAUCACCCUCCAUUGAUACGCCCAGAACCAAAUCUUGGUGAUCAGAAUAAAUCCCAACUUGGGGACAGGCAAUGUUCCCGAUUAAAGAAAGCGACGAGUAGUCGGCCGUGUUUGAGGAUCUGAUCAUGGAUGAUGAUGAUGCCUCCCAGCUGGAAAGAAGCAACACAUAUUCUACAAUUUAUAGGGUUGGGAAGAGGCAGCAGAAAUUAGCUGCCAUCCCGGAGGAGAAUGACGAGAUUGUUGCCAGCGAUAACAAGCAGAGAGCCGUUCACAAGGAGAUCGAGCGAAAAAGAAGGCAGGAAAUGGGUAACCUUAAUGCAUCGCUCCGAUCUCUACUCCCUCUCGAAUACAUCAAGGGAAGGCGUUCGAUCUCGGAUCACAUUCACGAGAGCGUGAACUACAUAAAACACCUGGAGAAGAAAAUCAAGGAACUGGGAAUCAAGAGAGAAAGCCUACAAAUGCUUUCCAAUCCAAGUCUUUUUUCCGCAGCAAGUUCGAGCUCAAGUAAUUUGUUGCCCAUUAGCAUCACGGUGAGCCCUUGCCGUGGCGGCGUAGAGAUUCUGAUUAAUAGUGGCUUAAGAGAAGAAGGUUUUCCUUUCUCAAAAGUGCUUGAAAUACUGCUUGAAGAAGGACUGGAUGUUGUUAGCUAUGUUUCUGCCCAAGUUAAUGAUAGGUUUCUUCACACCAUUAAAUCUGAGGUUAGUGACACGACAUGCGUUGAUCUAUCCGCAGUGCAACAAAAACUGAAUAAUAUGAUUAAUUUGUUGUGAGUUUAAUUAAGGAACAAAUUAGUUUGUGAUUGUUUUCAAAAUCAUGAGUGUUGCAGAACAAUUUUUAAGAGCUUUUUUUCUUUGCAUGCAUUCUUGGUUAAUGGCCUUCACAACUCGUUUUAUGUUUGUUUUUUUCUAUCGAAAAAGAAGUCACUUCUUUUUUCAAAUUAAUACUCUAUAAAAUGUUGAGUGUUUUGAUUUUUGAAAAUUGUUUCUGGAAAGUGUUCUGCAAAUUUGAUUUUGAAAAUUACCAUGAAAGAGAACUAUUUCAAGUGACUAUAUGUGCUUGAAUUUUUUCGAGACAAUUUAAUUCUCUUAACUGUCACAAGCUUUUGGAAUUUUUGACUGAAACGAUAAAAUCAAAUUCAGUCUUUUUUUACUGAACAAUGUUGGUUCAGUGUUUUUUGGAUAUCCUUGGAAACUGCUUGGGAAUCCUCUAUGAAUAUGGCUCAGUUCAUUACAUUGAAGGCAUCGGUUAACAUGUGCACUACACCAUCCAACCAUGAACUACCUGAUCUUUGUAGAGGCAGUACAUUUUUGCUCUCCAUCUGUUGAAAGGUAAACUUGAUUUUUUUUUUUCAUUGCUUUUCGAAAUGGAACUCUAUGUUGUAACUCUCCGCCUAUAUAUUGUACAAGAACAAUAUGCUUUCCAAUUCUUGUAGUAGCAAUGUUUUCCCGAUGUACACGUGCAA